UCCUACCAAAUCUGAAUAUUCUGAUGCGCUAGUCGAGGAUGGGGACAAAUUUGUCAAAUCAAUUAUAGAGUAUAUUGAAUGUAUCACGUUCUUUUCAUUUUUCGGACCCUUUAUAAGGCAUUACAUUCCAAUAAUCAAAGACAAAAACAAUGCUUAUUUAAAGAAUCGAGAUUAUUUGUUUGGCAAAUUAGAUAAAGUAAUAAAGAAGAGGAAAGAAGAGGUCAAAAAAAUAUCAGUAGAUUCAGAAACGAAAAUGGAUAUGCUUACUUCCUUAAUCACUGCAAGCACAAAUGCAAAAGCUUCAAAUGGCGAGGAGUUAAAACCAAUAGUUGAUGAAGAGAUCAGAGGUAAUAUUUUAGAUGCUUUCUUGGGUGGAACAGAUACUACUGCAAAUUUAUUCUGUUUCAUAACCUACUUUAUUUGUAAAAAUCCACAUGUAAAACAAAAAAUGCUUUCAGAAAUUGAUCAUAUUUUACCUAAAACUUCUGAUGUAUCGUACGAAAGCAUCCAAAAACUAAAAUAUUGUGAAGCCGUAAUUAAAGAAGCUUAUCGUAUGCUGCCAGUAGCACCUUUUUCAUUCCGCACUAUUAAUGAAGAUUGUGAAAUUGCAGGAAUCAAAUGGCCUCGUGGGACAAAUUUUCUUUUGAACUUUUUAGCGAUACAUGGUCACCCAGAGUUUUGGCCUGAUCCAGAAGUUUUCAAUCCGGAUAGGUUUUAUAAUGAAGACCAAGAUGAUAAAAGUUUGGGCGACAAAUCUGCCUUUAUAAUGUUUGGUGAAGGCAGGCGAAUAUGUCCUGGAAAAAAAUUGGCAAGAGUAGAAUUACUUUUAUUCAUGGUUUUAGUAUAUAAAAACUAUAAUGUUGAAUUGGUAAAUGUGCAUGAACCAAUAAAAAUUCUUACUCUUGCCACUACAAACUGUCAGGAGCUGAAAGUUAGAAUUAGUCCUCGAGUUUGA